CGUUUUUUUUGAAAGAAUUAAAAAAAAAUAAUUAAUACAAAAAAAAAGUAGAGAGAAAGAGAGAUGUGUGAUUAUCAUCAGCUGAUCGGGAGUACAUAACCUCAAAAUUUUAUCUCAAGAAGGAUAGUAAUUUUAAACACAAAAUUAAAAAAAAAAUCGUUCUUCAUGAGGGGGAAAUAAUGAUUCUUUAAUGAAAAAAAGAAAGAAAGAAAAAAACAAAAAUAUGACGACGUAUUCGAUAAAUCUUGACGAAAAAGGUCAGGAAGGGCCAAUUCGAUGUAUAUUUUUCUCAGAAUUUCAUCACAUUGCUGGUCCAAAAAUCACUUGUCAGGUACCAGACAAUUUUAUUUCGAAAGAUAUUUUCGACAAUGUGAGCGUUUAUAUUAUUCCAAAGGCACAACUUCAACGAAGUACAAUUACUGUAACAUUAAAGGACUACAAAAUUCUUGGAUUCCCGGUGAAAAUUGAUGACAAAAAAUAUGCGAGAAAUGCAUUUUAUUUUAAUCUCUGUUUUGUUUGUGAUUCUGAAGCGCGUACAGUUCAUUAUGAACCGGUUGUAAAGAAAAUGUCCGAUUUUUUGAUGGCUUUAGAAAUUGAAAAUAGAUUUCUCUCAGCUUCCGAGGAUAAAACACGACUUGCUGAAAUGUUGAGACACGUGAUGCAAGAUUUAAAUUUACAUAAAAUGUGCACACUAACUGAAGGAACGAUGACAUCGCAUUUAAAAGUGGUGCGAUUGGCACCUGAACCACAGCCAGUAUUAGAUCAUCAGGUGCCAAUAUUUUUGGAAGGACGCGAAGCAUUUCGCAGCGAUCAAUGGGAUUUAACAACUCAACAAGUAUUGCCAUACAUUGAUGGAUUUAAUCAUGUUUCGCGAAUUGCCGUUGAGGCCGAUGUCGAUAAUAAUCUCGUCAAAAGUUGUGUUCAAAAUCUCGUAUAUUACGGAGUUGUGACAUUAAUUCCAAUAUUUCAAUACAGUAAUGUUUAUGCAACAACUCCAAAAUUGAAGGAACUGGCUGAGGAUUUAAAUUUACAGGAAAAAUGUAUAGAAUAUUCUUCGAAGAGUCCGAGGCAACCGGCAUUUUUGAGGGACAUUUUUCGAAUGUAUUCAAAUAUGACACACGGCAGCAGUAUGAGGGAUUUAUGUCAGAGAUUAAAUCCCCAGAGUUUGAGAAUAAACGAGAGGCGCCUCGUUCAAUUUGGUUUAAUUGAGGGACUAAUUCGUCGCGUUUAUAAGUAUCCAAUUCGAUUACCGGGAACAUUGAGUGAGGAAUGUAAAAAUAAUAUUCUUUAUAAAUAUUUCACUGGCACUUAUAAUCUCGAUGAAAUUUGCUGCUCAACUGGACAAACAGUUGCACAAAUUGAAGAUCUUGUUGAACGUGAUCCCAAUGUUGUGAUGCUGUGGAAAUAAAAAAAAAAAAAUUAUUCUUUACAAUUUAUUCAAUAAAUUCUAUAAUUUUAGAAAUUCAA